AUAUAUAUAGAUAGAUAGAUAGGCGUGUACAAGUUUAAAUAAAUAAAUAGUACAAUGUAGUAAUGUAAUGCUUAUACUGCGCUUAAGCGGCUGAAGGGGAAAAGGAAGGGGCCUGAGGAUGCCUGCCGUAGAUGUGGGCGAAACGUCAGGAGAGAAUGCUGCUUCUGGAACACGGCAACAACCCUUGGCGAGGACGGCACAAGAGGGAGCGGCGCGCCCUCUGGCGGCGGCGGCGAGGCUGCAGGCAGCGGUUCCCCAGGGCUCACGGGCCACCGUCGCUGCGGCCAAUCCGGGCGCGGGGCUAAUUGGCUUUGCGGGCUAAUGCGCGUCCUUGUCUCCGGAGAUGGUCUCGGCGGCGCUGGGCGGGCAGGCGGGCCCCGGAGGGCCCUGGGGCGGGUCCCGGCUGCUCAGCCCCCCGGAGGAAGAGGAGGAGGAGGAGGAGCCCCUGGCCCUGGCCCGCGCCCCGCCGCCACCGCCCCGCGCCUUCGCCGCCGGAGGAGCCAUGCUGCCGGGCUGCUGCCAGGCCCAGAUCUGCUGCUGCUGUGGGCCGGCCCCGUGCGGCCUGUGCUGCCCCUCCUGCCCCAGCAUCAAGGCCUCCACCGGCACCCGCCUCCUCUACAUGCUCUUCCACAUCUCCGCCUGCGGAUGCUGCUGCGUCAUGCUCUCCCGCACCGUGGCCAAGGCCAUCGAGGAGAACGUGCCUUUUUACGCAGUGCUGUGUGAACACCUCCCGGGGGGCUCCGACUGCGACAUCCUGGUGGGCUACUCGGCCGUCUACCGGGUCUGCUUCGGCACCGCCUGCUUCUACCUGGCCCAGGCCCUCUUCCUCCUCAACGUCAAGUCCAGCAACGAGUUCCGGGCCCUUCUGCACAACGGGUUCUGGUUCCUGAAAUUCCUCAUCCUGGUCGGACUGUGCGCAGCAGCCUUUUUCAUCCCGGAUCAGCGUUUCAUCCAAACCUGGCACCUGGUUGGCGUCUGCGGAGGGUUUGCCUUCAUCCUGGUGCAGCUGGUGCUGAUCACGGCCUUUGCCCACACCUGGAACAAGAACUGGUUGACAGGGGCCGCCCAGGACAAGCGCUGGUACCUAGCCGUGUCCAUGGCCACGCUGGGCUUCUACGCCGCCGCCUCCGCCGCCUUUGCCCUCCUCUACAAGUUCUACACGCACCCGGGUGGAUGCAACCUCAACAAGGGCCUCCUGACGGUCAACGCGGGACUCUGCCUCCUCAUGUCCUUCACCUCCAUCACGCCCUGCGUCCGUUACAGGCAGCCGCGCUCCAGCCCUUUGCAGGCCUCCAUCAUCUGCUGUUACGUCAUGUACCUGACCUUCUCGGCGCUCUCCAGCCGGCCGCCGGAGAAAGUGCAAUACAGGGGCCAGAACCUCACCAUCUGCUUCCCCGGCGUCAGCAAGGACGGCAUGCAGACCGAAGACACUACAGUGGCUGUCCUGGGAGCAGCCUUCAUGUACACCUGCGUCCUCUUUGCCUGCAAUGAAGCCUCGCAGCUCGCUGGCAUGUUUGGGCCCCUGUGGAUGGUCAAGAUCUACAGCUUUGAGUUUAAGAAUCCCUCCUGCUGCUUCUGCUGCCCAGAGAAGAUGGAGGAGGAGCUGGCAGGCCAGGAGGCCUCCCUGGCGGGGCAGAAGGUCGUCCACAACGAACAUGACCGGGUGGUCUACAGCUACUCCACUUUCCAUUUCAUCUUUUUCCUGGCCUCCCUUUAUGUCAUGAUGACGCUCACCUGCUGGUUCAGCUACGAGAACGCCGAGCUGGAGACCACCUUCACGCAUGGGAGCUGGUCCACUUUCUGGGUCAAAGUGGCGUCCGGCUGGGCCUGUGUCCUGCUCUAUUUCUGGAUCCUCCUGGGACCGCUCUGCCUCCCGGACUCGCGACCGCAAAAAGGCAGUCAACCCUUCCUGCGCAUCAUUCGGCGCCGGCGCCGCGCACUCCACCGCGUCGGUGUCGCCACGUAGCCCUGGCCCAAAACUCUGCCGCCUUUGCCUACUUUAGAGAUUGCCCUGCGAGGGAAGACCGGGACUGACCCUGAGGCUUCCGAAUAAGAGGCUGACAUGACCUGGGACCUGUCACACAUGCCGCACUGGACAGUGCGCCUACCGGACAGCCUCUAUCCAGGAUACAAGUGAUAUCACAGCACUCUAAUUUUGUAGCGUGGCUCCAUCUCAAUCCUCACAACCUCGGAGGAUGCCUGCCAUAGAUGUGGGCGAAACGUCAGGAGAGAAUACUUCUAGAACAUGGCCAGGCAGCCCG